GAUACCCUCAGCACCGUGGUUCUAACAUCGUCGCUUACCUCAACGACCUUGGAACGUACGAGGAAGAAAUUUUAAGCUCCACCCGAUUUUCCUCCUUCGCAUACUUAUACCGUCCGUUGCAGACCCCACAAUACUCGUCUUCGAAAUUGUCGUCCCGUCGUCCUUCAUCAUGUCCACGCCUACCACAUUCCACGAUUUCCUGGACCUUCCGAUCGAGCUGCGUUACGAGAUCUGGGAGCACGCAACCGACACCUAUCCUCUCUCUGUCACCGCAGAAAUCAGCACGGAAGAAAACCGGCUUACCCACGUCUCCCCACCCCCUGCGAUCCUCUCCGCUUCAAGUGAGUCCCGCAGAGUAGCUCUCAAGCGCUCCGGAUGGCGCAAGUAUUGCAUUGGCUCCCCGUCGAAUCCCGCCUCGAUCUACUUCAAUCCGCACAACAUGGUGCUCGACCUGUACCUCCAUGUGGAAACGACGAAAGAGGGCCUUUAUGAGAACCGUCGUAGAAUUACCUGGACUGGACUUGACGCCGUUCUCCACGAUGCCCUUCGCGCAACUCAGCAUCUCCAUCUGCGAAGCCGAGACUUACGCUAUCACUCCGAUCUCUUGGAUUGGGGCGCUAUCGAGGGGAUCUGCCUGGACCCUAUUUUUUGCUUCGAAUUACCCAAUUUGAAGAUCAUCUCCGAGAGUUACAAGACCGUCGAAGAAAUUAACGAUGGCGGAUGCAAUCGGUGCGAGGGUUACCAUUCGGAGAAGUCUUGCGGUAUUCCCCGUAUCUCGUGCUCGAGGUGCUUCAAUGCAUAUCGUCCUACCAUGCUCCGGAGCUUUUGGCCGUUUUACAAUCCGCAGAAACCGGAGGAAAUGGAGUGGCACGCCAGGGAGAUGAGGAUUUCUGGGAGGAUACGGUUACCGAUCGAUGAUAAGCAGAUUGCGGAGUGGGAUGACGAGGAUCAAAAAUUGCGGAAGAUAGAGGAAGCAGAAUUUCAAUGGUGAGCUGCAGAUGGAAUACUGGGCGAGGCUAGGGAAUAGCGUCUUCGUCGUAGGCAGAGGCCGU